AUGAUAAUAGCAAGUCAUAUUGAUGGUGACAACCGUUGUCGUACAGGUGAUAAUAAUGGUCAGUUUAUAAUGUGCAUACCUGGAUGUGGUGAUACAGGCAAAUUACAACUUAUUCAUGCUCUCAGCAAAUACUUUCUAAUUACAAAGAGAAUGCAAAUGACUCGAAAGCUUGCACCAACUGGAAUUGCUGCUGCUGAAAUUGGUGGAAUGACAAAUCAUUCAUUUUUGGAUGAACAGCGUAAUUCUGGAAAGUCACGAGCUAUAAAAUCAGGUGAUUCAAAACUCGAAAAAGAAUGGAGGCUUGUCGAAUAUCUAUUAAUUCAUGAAAUGAGUAUGGUGGGUUUAAAUUUACUGGCAAAACUCAACCGAAUCAUUUGUUCUGCAAAACAUGUCGAUCCGCAAGUUCCAUUCGGUGGUGUAAAUGUUCUCUUCUUUGGUGACUACUUACGAUAUCGACCUGUGUAUCAUGCAUCAUUACAUACAGAUUUUUCAUUGCAGUCGAAAAACACAUCAAGUAAAUUGCCUAAUGAAAAAGAAAUUCAACAACGUGUUGUACGUUCUUUAAUUCUUCAAAUUAACUGCGUCGCUCCAAUUUUUGUGUUUCGGAAUGAAGUUGGAACACAAUUGAACAACAAGGCAGUAAUUCGCAACGCAAAAGAAAUGGGACAAAGAUCCAUGGUAUGUGUCGCUCAAGAUACUUACAAAGGCAAUCCAAUUGAAGAUUCGGCACUCAUUAAAAAAUUGUGA